AUGGAAAAUGGAAGCAGACGUCCAAGACGGUCAACAGCAAUUUAUGGAACUAGACUUAACGAGUUAGAUACAACCAGAAGAACCCUAAAGUUAAAGGCAACAAGCAGUCUGGCUACAAGAAAUAUUAUUGCAAAUACUUAUGGACCAAAAGCUAGUACAAUAGCAUACACAAGCAAUUUGAACAAAGAAACAAAAACCACAGAGACAAAUACAAAUAACAUGGAGUUAUUACCAGUGAAAGAGAAUUUAUUAUUAAAUCAAGAUAGUAUAGGUGAAGAAAAUACAGAUAAUAAUAUGAAGGCAAUUGAUAAUACAAAAAAAGAUGAAAAAGGUAAAGGAAAAGAAAUUUUCAUUGAAACAGAAAAAGAAAAUAAUGAAACAAGUGAGCAAAAUAUUACAAACACAGAAACAGAUGAUAAUGAAUUAGUAAACUCAGAAAAUAGUUUUUUAAGAGAAGUUCAUGGAAAAAACUUAAAAGAAAAAAUUGAUAUGAUAUCAAAUUUAUUAAAUAAAAAUGAAAUUAAUAUUAUUAUAAUCAAAACUGAAAAAAAUUUGAAAGAUAAAAAACUAUAUAUUGCAAUAUAUCUGGAAAAAAAGGAAGAUAUGGAAAAGGUAUGUAAAAUCGAAAUUGAAGAAAUACAAUUAAAUGAUAGGUCAACUCUAACAAGAGCAGCAAUAAACCAAAAUAAAAAAACAAAUAAUGAAAAAGGAAUUAAGUUCUGGAAUAUACCAAUUGACAUACAGGAACAAGAAUUUAAAAGUAUAAUAAAAAAUAAAUUUGGAAAUGUAACCUUAUGCAGUAUAAGUACAAGAGGAUUGUGGUCAUCUGCAAUAGUACAAUUUAAGAAAGAAGAUACAGCUGAAAAUCUAUUAAUGGAAUAG